GCUUAUUACAUGUCGGAAGUGUUUUGAAUAAUAACUGCAGCUCCACCUUAGGUCAUUGUCCCACUUAUAUAUGUGUAUAUAUAUAUAUAUGUAAAAAAAAAAAAAAGGUUAAAAUGCUUUAUUAUGGCAGCAAAGCUCUCAGUGAAAGAAACAAACAAAAUAAAAACCCGUGCUCAGGUUUCACGUCUCCCCUGUCCAGAUUAAAUGUUGCCAUUGUACACAGUGAGGGGACCCCACCCUUAAAAAAAAAAAAAACCCUCCCUCUCUUUAUCCCAAACCGCAUCGGGACACAUUUUCCAUUCACAUUUGCGUGUGUUUCACUCCAAUCGAAUAGAAUCGAUAUUCUUUGUAUUUUUAGCCAAUAGGAAUUUAACACCCGAGUUCUAAGAUGCGGAUCUCCUUGACCGUGCUUUGCCUGAGUGUGCUGAUAAAAGACGCCUCAGCAAGUACUUGGUGCUACACGGGCUGCGAGCACACGCCCAGCCGCUGGCCGGACCUCGACGGAUCUUUCUGCGGGGGUCAAAGGCAGUCGCCUGUCGACAUACAGAACCGCCACGUUGAGAAGGACGAUAGUCUCGGCAGCUUCUCCUUUGUCAACUUUUCGUCUCGGCAUACCUUCAGAGCCAUCGUAAAUAAUGGACAUACAGCCAAACUGCUACUGAAGGACAACGAGGUGGAGCUGAGCGGGGGCGGACUCAACGGCACGUAUUCUACGAUCCAGUUCCAUUUCCACUGGGGCGACACGGAGCACCACCCGGGGUCUGAGCACACCAUCGACGGGCGCAGGUACCCGAUGGAGAUGCACAUUGUGAGUAUGAAGAAAGGUCUGUCAGUGGCGCAGGCCGUCGAAGAUUCAGCCGGCAUCGCCGCUCUGGGCUUCUUCUUCGACGCGACGGAAGAUGAAGAUUUGUCAAAUCCUUGGAGUGCCUUGACCUCUUACCUUCUGAACCAGACAGACACCGAAGUCAACGUGGCGCAUCUCAUCUCCAUCGACGACCUCAUUGAGGAUGUGGACCUCACCAAAUACUACCGCUACAUGGGCUCGCUCACCACCCCCUCCUGCAAUGAAGCCGUCGCUUGGACGGUAUUUCAGGAGCCCAUCAGGGUCAAUAGAAUCCUGCUCCAACAGUUCCCUUUGAAGACAGGCCUCACCAAUGUGUAUCGCCCCAUUCAAGACCUCCGUGGACGCAAAGUGUUUUCCUCUCCCGCUGUUCUUCUACCCCCCAGUCAUGUAUGGUGCUAUGCCGAGGACUGCGACUUCAGUCCUUCCAAGUGGACCCUUCUGCCCGACUCGCACUGCGGCGGCGAGCGCCAGUCGCCCGUCAACAUCGAGGCGCAGAACGCCGUGAAGGACGAGCGCCUUGACGGCUUCGCUUUUACGAAGUUUGACGACAAACACGUCGUCAAGUACAUCACAAAUACAGGCCAUACAGUCAAGCUUGUCCUGGAGGAGGGCGCCAUGGAGUUGUCCGGGGGCGGCCUGGGUCACGUCUACUCCACUCUCCAGUUCCACUUCCACUGGGGCUCCUCAUCGCCGAACUCCGAAGGCUCUGAGCACACCAUCGAUUCCAGAAGAUUCCCAAUGGAGGUGCAUAUUGUGAACAAGAGGAAGGAUUUAACUCUGGACGAGGCAGUGAACGCCACAACUGGCCUGGCAGUGCUGGGAUUUUUUAUUGAGGCAGCAGCGAGCAAAAGCAGUGGAGGUGGUGAAAACCAUGAAGAUUCGGAAGUCUCCUCCGAUAUCCCCUCACAUGUUUCAGUGACCGGGAGCUGGAAAGCACUGAGCAACUACCUCGAAGCGAUUCAAACCAUCGGGUCACAGGUCGAGGUGACGGAAGAGCUCUCGCUCGCGGAGCUGCUCGGCGACGUGGACCUGACCUCUUACUACCGUUACAACGGCUCGCUAACCACGCCGUCGUGCAACGAGGCCGUGGUCUGGACCGUCUUCAAAGAGUCCGUGAAGGUGGAUCCCAGCCUGCUGACGAUGUUCCCGAACCGGACCGGCUUUCGGGACGUCUUCCGGCCCACUCAGUCUCUUCACGGCAGGAAAAUUUACACCACCGCUGGUGGCAGCGCCCUUGCACCUGUUGAACUCCUUCUCCUGCUAUUUUUUGUUUCUGUCUCUCUCUCUCCUGUAAUUGCAAACUGAAGAGUAUUUCUUCAUACACCCUGCCCUUGUUUCUAUAUCAUAGAGUACUGCUGUGUGUUCUGCCAGUCACUCUUAUUUGCCGUGGCAAGCCAUAAAUCUAGUUGUGUCAUGAUGUAGCGAAAAUGAUUGUGACUCUUUGUGCACUUUAUUACGCUGUCUUGUCAACACCCCAACCCUGUUACUGAAGCUAAUCAAUCAUCCGCGCGCGUGUGCGUGUGUGUGUGUGUGUGGAUUGUUGGACAAAUAAAAAUAAAAUAA